UGUACGGGAUGCGCCGACAAUUGGUGUGCGCAAAGUAGAAAGAGAGAGAUAGAGAAAGUGAGAAAGAGAGAGGCUACCCGCAAAAGAUGUUCCUCACUUGGUGUGUGCCUUUUUCGCGUGUCCGCUGAAUUGAAAGGAAACCCUCUCCCCUCGGCGCAUUUGGAAGCGUGAUCGAAAGAACAGGGGCAAGAAAACGCCGUGUCGCCAAAAAGUAAAAGCAGGCAUCGAAAAGGUUCAAAGUCGAAAUUGUUGGUCGAAAAACCACCAGAGAACGAAGUGGAAGAGUGAAAACAAAAAAAUCGAGGUGUUAAUCGAAGCAACCGCACGGGGCAGUGUACCAGCAGUAAUAUCUCACCCCGGCCGGAGAGUGCAGCAAAGAACCUCCCGUUUUCCGGCUCGUUUCGGCAAAGGGUGCAAAGUGAGGGUAAAAGCUACCCCUAUACACCCAUCCACGAAAAGCGGUGAAAACGGUACAACAACAGCAACAAUAACAGCGGCAGCAACUCCGGAAAGUCUAGAGCAGCAGCAGCAGCAGCAAAAAGGGAAUAGAAGGAAAUACGAACCGAAAAAUGGGGAAAAGCAAAAUCCAGUGCAGCAAGUGUCAGAAAAAGUGCUCGGGCGAGGUGCUGCGCGUUUCCGAUCGCUACUUCCACAAGACCUGCUUCCAGUGCACCAAGUGCAACAAGUCGCUGGCCACCGGUGGCUUCUUCUCGAAGGAUGGCGCCUACUACUGCACACUCGACUACCAGAAGCUGUACGGGACAAAGUGUGCCGCUUGCAGCCAGUACGUGGAGGGCGAGGUCGUGUCCACGAUGGGCAACACAUAUCAUCAGAAGUGCUUCACCUGCAGCAAAUGCAAACAGCCGUUCAAAUCGGGCAGCAAGGUUACCAACACCGGCAAGGAGGUCCUGUGCGAAAGCUGCGUAAAGUGUCCACCGGGCAGUGGGGUGGGCGGCGGCGGAGGAGCAACCGCAACCGGAUCACCGACGGUCGGUGCUGCUGCAGGGGUGGUGCAGGGCACCGGUUCGGCCACCGUGUCUCCCAAGAGCCGGGCGAUCGAGCAGAAGCAGGAGCAGCGCACUAUUAAGGAGAUCACCUCGAGCCCGACGAAGGCGGCCACCCUGCAGCACCAUCAGGAGACGGUGAAGAAGCAGCAGCAGCUGCUGCAGAACGGUGGCAAGCAGCCGGACCCGAACGAUUGUGCAGGCUGCCAGCAGCAGCUGAAGGAGGGCCAGGCACUGAUUGCCCUCGAUCGGCAGUGGCACAUUUGGUGCUUCAAAUGUAACGCGUGCGGCACUACGCUGAACGGGGAGUACAUGGGCAAGGACGGUGUGCCGUACUGCGAGAAAGACUUCCAGAAGUCGUUCGGCGUGAAGUGUGCGCACUGCAACCGGUACAUCAGCGGCAAGGUGCUGCAGGCAGGUGAUAAUCAUCACUUCCAUCCGACUUGCGCCCGCUGUACCAAGUGUGGCGAUCCGUUCGGCGACGGGGAGGAGAUGUAUCUGCAGGGCGGCGCCAUCUGGCAUCCGCGUUGCGGCCCUGGCCCGUCGUCCGAGGCCGGCAUACUGAACGGUGUCGAUACGAACGGGUUCAACACGGAGACGGAGUUCGAUCGUACCAGCACGAGCGGUAUGAGCGAAAUACAGUUUACGUAUCGUUCACAAACGCCGAGCGUUAAUGGUUCAGUUUAUAGUCCCUACACGCAUAGAAAGUACCAUCGCACCACAAGCCCGGGCUUAAUAUUAAGAGAAUACAAAAACCAAGGCUACGAGGAUAUCGCCCGUAUCUACACCUACAGCUACCUGACCGAGGAGCCCGGUUAUCUGCGGCGCCCGAUUGAGCCGUACGAUAGGGCGCCGGUGUCGCCCCACUUCCAUCGGCCGGUGCAGCACUACUCGUCGAUGGGCGGCGGCACGGCCAGCAGCAUCGGUACGCGGUCCGCUUCCGGCUCACGGUCACACUCGCGCAGCCGCAGCGCGAUGAAGGUGCUGGUGGACAGUAUCCGGUCGGAGACGCCGCGCCCCAAAAGCCCGGGCAUGAACAACGAGGAGCCGAUCGAGCUGAGCCACUAUCCGGCGGCCAAGAAGCCGCCGCCGGGCGAGAAACCAAAGAUCGAACGGGACGACUUCCCGGCCCCGCCUUACCCGUACACGGAUCCGGAGCGUCGGCGCCGCUAUUCCGACUCGUACAAGGGUGUACCUGAGUCCGACGACGAGGUCGACCAUGCGAACAACAAGGAAAACGUUACAGAAAAACGCCACACGAAGGAGGAGGAGGAGCUGCGCAAGCUGAAAUCGUCCGGCAUGGGCACGGUCAUACUGAAGGAUCUGCAGGAGAAGAAGCGGUACGAGCACUGGAAGCAGGAAAAUCUCGACCCGCGCAACGCGUCCCGUACGCCGUCCGCCUCGAAGGAGCCGAUGUACCGGAUGCGCUACGAAUCGCCGGUCGGUGCGUCGCCGUCGCGCAACCUGGACCACCAGAAACCGUUCUACGAGGAUGAGUUUGACCGUUCCACCAGCUACCGUGGAUCGGUUGGUCGUGCCAUCGGUAACGCGACCAGCUACAACGUGGUGAGUUCCUUACGACAAGUACCUAAACCGGGUUACGGCUUGGCCCCUCGUUCGCAUACCUUCAGUUCCGCUACGUCCGGUUCUGCUCACGGUGUUCCUGAUUUCUCAUUCAGCGGACUCGGAGAUAAGACCCACAGUACGGAGUUUAGCUGCGGCAAAAGCGACAUUUCCGGCGAUUCCAUAACCGAAGGCGACCGUCGUGCACUGGGCGCAGAGCUUCCCGCCUCCAGUACGUACUCCGGUGCGCUUUCCUAUCACUACCCGCAGCAACCAACUCGUCGCAGCUUGCCCAACAUGGCCCACUCGAUGCUGGUGCACGAGCCGGCCAAGAUCUAUCCCUACCAUCUACUGCUUAUCACCAACUACCGAUUGCCGUCUGAUGUCGAUAGAUGUAAUCUAGAGCGUCACCUAUCGGAUGUUGAGUUUGAAGCCAUCUUGCAAUGCACACGGCCCGAGUUUUACCGUAUGCCCCAGUGGAAACGCAACGACAUGAAACGGCGUGCUCGGCUUUUCUAAGGAAGGAAAAGAUACAAACACCACCACAAACUGAGCUGGGUCUUUGGCCAUCAACGAACGCGGUCCAAUGCGACCAACUACGAACACUUUAGCUUCCUUGCCGGGCAAAACAAAUAAGCAAACAAGAAAGAAAAAAAAACACGCAUCGGAAAAAUCAAACCAAAACACCGUGCUGCUAAUGCUAUUGUACCAACGUAAGCGCCCGCGAGAGUGCGUCCGUCUCUUGAAAGUGUUUUGUGUUAUUUUGUUUUGUUUUGUUUUGUUUUUCUUCUUCAUCGUUUAAUGUGGACGUUGGCUUUGAGUACACACAGCUUCGUCGUCACACAUUAUUAAUAUUAUUAUUAUACUACUAUAACAACUACUAUGAUUCAAAUCUUCUAGCCUUUCCUAUUUAGUUGCGUUACGGGGUGCUAACGUAGGGUAGCAUCUUUCCUUAAACUUGCAGCACGUAUGCUUUGAAAGUUUAGACAGUUUACUUUUAGCUUUGACGAUUGCCGAGCGUACAAUUUUAGGGCUUCUUUCUUAAUUUAUAACCGAAAUACGGUUUGCUUGCGGAAUGGAACAAAAAGAAAAACAAAAAACAAAAAUGCGUACAUAUUUAAUCCACAUUAUUGUUCUUGUUGCGAUGCGCAAUUGAAUUUGCCCUCCGUGUGUACCGGUGGAGAAAGGAAAGAAAAGAAGGAGGAGAAACAAUUUUCAUGCGCUUGUAGCUUGUGAAAUUGGCCUAGAAUCGCGAAUAUUGGAUUGUGUGUCGACACUGUCGCCACGGCAGCUGAAUUCUAAUGCAUUUAUGUAAGCGCUGUAACGAGGUAGAAUGAGGGCUGUUAAUUGUUUCUUGCGGCAUGCAUGUUGGUUUAGGGGUUUUUGUGGGAAGAAACACUGAGAGAGUCAUUAGCGAUAAUGAAGCCGAAAAGAACUAAGAAAAGGUAAACCGAGCAAUGGCAAAACAAACAAAAAUGAACACACACAUACACACACACACACACACACACACACACAAUCGAAAACAUUAAAACAUAAACAUAGCAUGAACACAGUGACAAGAACUUAUUAGAUAUUGGAUUGGUGAAACAUAUUACACAAGUGAACACAAAAUUCAGCUAGCCUUAAUGCAACUAAUUGUAGAUUUUAAGUAGUGACGUGAACUAUGAUGUGGGUACAACUAUAGAAACAAAGCCGAAUGGGAAGGGCAGAGAAGCAGCAAACGCGCGAUAGGAGAUAGAGAUAUUUAUGAGUUUUUAUUUAUACGAACGAGAGUAGUGCAUACUCUACAACAUCUAAAUCGCCGGAUCGAAAAUGUGAAAUAAAUGAAGAGAAAUUAAUUUAAAGCAAACGUCCGAGCCGAGUGCAAAAGAAAGCGCACUCAUUACACUUGAUUUGCUGCGGCAGGCGAGAGCGCGAGAGAGAGAGAGAGAGAGAGAGAGAGAGAGAGAGAGAGAGAGAGAGCUAUGAAAUUAAAAAAUAAUUAAACUAUAAAGUUUGCAAAUCGAGAAAUCAGAUGAUUCAGAUGAUGAAACACAAAACUGCCCAGUCAUCAUCAUACUGUUAGGGUUUUGUUUCGGUUGCUUGAACGGUUCAAACACACUAUCGCAUACUGUCGCAGAUGAUUGACAAAAAAAAAAGAAAAACUACAUAGAUUUGGAGGAAAAGAAAGGAAAGCAAGCAAAUAUGGGAUCAGUGAAGAUAGUUCCUCCGGCGGCGGCACACCCCGUGAGUAAGCGUAGAAAGAGACUGUGAGAAAGCAUCUAAAACCCUAAUUGCGCAGUUAGCAGAGACGCGCGUUUCAUGAAAAUGAACAAGAAACGAAAUUACCACACAAAUUUAUUCAACACACAACAUCACGGCAGCGUACACCAAGCGAAAGUAAAAGAACGAAAUGCUACGAAAUGAAUGAAGCGAAGAAAAAAAAGCUUAAGCAUCACAUCCCUGAAACAAAAGAGCACCAAAGUGAGGAGGAAAAACGCAUUACAAAUUCGCUACCUGUCGGCAAUAAAUACUAAAAGGCGAUCCCGAAAUCGA